AUGAAAGAAGUUGAAGAGGAGAAUAAUAUUCCUUCUCCUUUUGUUGUUAUUUGUGAACCUGGAGAUUUGUUAUUUGUUCCCCAAAAAUGGUGGCAUUCUGUCCAAUGUAUUGCCAAAAUUAACGAUAACACUACAAAUACAAAAAAUCUAAACAACCAAUUAUGUAUUUCUUUAAAUAAAUGGUUUCCAACAGAAAAUGAUUUAAUUGAAUCAAAAAAGGAAGCUUUACUUAAAUUUAUGAUUUCAUUAAAUUUAAAUUUUGGAUUAUUAAAUUUAUCAGAAAAUAUUUGUUUGACAGAAUUAAAUUCUUUGGAAAAUAAAAAUAAUUUGGAGGAAUUGGCUUUUUUGGUAAAUGAGCGGUUAGAAGAAGAAGAAGGGGAAAAUAAUAAUAAUUCUCCAAAUCCAAAACGUCCAAAAUUAAUAAAUAAAGAAAAAUUAGAAUUUAAUGAAGAAUAUUUUUUUAAUUAUUUUUUAAAUAAUCCAUUAAAAGAGAAAAUAUCAGUUAUGGAAUGGAAUGAAAUUUACAAAAUGAGAAAAAAUUUUUAUGGAACUUUUUUGUCAACAAAAUCCACUCAAUUUAACAAAAAUUUAAAAGAAAAUUUAGUAGAUCAAUUAAAAAUUGAAUUGUUUGAGGCUAUAUCGGCACCUAAAGUUUUGGAUAUUUUAUUAGAUGUUUUUAUUUCGAGAAGGAGGAAAGACAAAUAAAAUUAGUAGAAACAUUUAAAAAAUUGUUUUUUGUUUAAAUGCUAAAUAAAGUCCGUUAAAAAAAUUAUACAAGCAAGCCCUUUUCUGGUCUUAAAUGUAUACUUCAUGAAUGCAGAAUUUCUGGUACACUUAUAGCAUAGAAAAUUGCUUGAAUAAUUUUGUAACUGACAUAAUACGUAUAAAUUUUUAAUUUAAUUUUUUUGUUCGUUGGAUAAGUUAAAUAUACUAAUAUUCAUAAGUAUGUACAUAUAGGCUGGGAUUUACAGUAUGCCGUUUCACCCAUCCUCCCUUUAAUAUUGAGCUGUUUUUUUUCCAGUUUUUAGUGUUUGCCUUUUUCUGUAUUUCGAAAUACAUUGUCUUAAAUUUCAAAAAUCUACGAAUGUUCGAGUUGAUUGAGUUACGUGUCCAGUGAGAAUGAGUCAAGAUAGUGUU